GCCAAUAUGAAGCUUCUACUGGUGCUACUGUCGGUUAAUAUUCUUACUUUUUGUUUGACUGAACGCCUGAGGUUCGAUAAUUACAAAGUUUAUAGAGUGAGCCCAUGGAAGGCGAAUCAACUGGAGGAACUUCAAUCUUUGGAGACCAAAAGCGAAGAUGCUAUAGUUUUGAACAAUUUACAUCUUGGUCCAACGGAUUUUCUAGUAGCUCCAAGUUACGAUGAAACUUUUCUUAAGUUCCUCAAAGGCUUGGAACUUUCUCCUGACCUUAUCGAUGGGAACGCCCAGGCCAGCUUAUCCUUGGACAUAGAGCCCGUUGCGGAUGCUAACCGACGAAGUGAUGAUUACUCAUGGAGUGAAUACCAUGAACUUAAUGACACACAUCGUUGGAUGCAGAAUCUUGUGGCUAAGUACCCGGACAUCGUUAGUGUCUUUGUGGCGGGUCAAAGUUAUGAGGGACGUGAGCUUUUGGGACUGAAAAUUAAUCACAAAAAUGGUAGAGAUGAAAAACAAUCAAUUUUCUUGGAGGCUGGAAUGCAUGCUAGGGAGUGGAUAGGUCCUGCCACAGCCACCUACUUUGCCAACGAGUUGCUAAGUUCCCAGCAGUCACAGAUCAUGAGUCUAUCCAGAUCUUUUGUUUGGUACAUUCUUCCCCAUGCAAACCCAGACGGAUAUGUCUACACCCACAAAACGAACCGCAUGUGGCGCAAGACACGAAGUCCCCAGGACAAGAACUGUGUUGGCACGGAUCCAAACCGGAACUGGGAUUUUCAUUGGCGUGAGGUGGGAGCAAGUUCUGAUCCGUGUUCAGAGUCAUAUGCCGGACCUAAGGCCUUUUCUGAACCUGAGGUGGAGUCUCUCUCCCAGUACCUAAAAACUCUGCCGGAGCCCAUGUUCAUGUACCUCUCGCUGCAUUCCUUCUCUCAGUUGUUGCUAUAUCCCUAUGGACACACUUCCACUCUACCAGUAAACCAUAAGGAGCUGGAGAAGAUCUUCAACGUUGCUGUUGGUGCAAUGAAACGGCGUUACGGAACUCGAUAUACUGGAGGAAAUGUUUACGAUGCUAUUUAUCCGGCAGCUGGCUCUAGCAUGGAUUGGGUUUACGGUGUGCUCAACGUAAAAUACUCCUUUUGCUAUGAGCUGCGUCCCUCCGGUUACAGUUUCUGGACCGGCUUUAGACUUCCCGCCUCCCAAAUUAUACCCACGGGUCAGGAGACCACAGACUCGCUGGUGGAAAUGAUUAAAGCAGCUGCUCAAAUCGAAGGUUAUAAAAUUGAAUAAAAGAGAGAGAUUUUCUUCAAAUAUUUAAGAAGUAGUAUUGAUAAGAUAUGAAAGAAAGAGAUCUGUUUAGAACACAAACUAGAACUAACCUUGUUUGAUUAUCGAAGAUAACUUUGACUGGCUGAUUAGAUGAAUGGUAAAAAUUCGCUUAGUAAA